AUGGCUCGAAUCGAAAAGUUCAUUACAGUUAGGAGUCUGAGGGAGAGUACAGAUUUUCAGAAUGACUUCGAAGAGGGAAUGAAGAGUCCUGGCAAAGAAUCUAUGGCUACAUCAAUUGAAGUUCAGACUGGCAAUUCGAUUGGAGUCGUUUCAAUUCAGGAAGAAGAUACUUCUGCUUCUACCAAACUUCACCAUAAACUAAAGUCUUCAGCUUAUAAACCAAAGGAAGAUUGGAAUGAUAGCACACUAGACAGUACCAAGUCGAAAAUGAGGAUUCAGAACAGACUAGAAGCAAUGACACGAAGAGAAAGGGCACUAGCAUAUGCCUUCAGUCAACAGUUAAGAAUCUGCUCAAAGAAGAAGCAUACAAAAUUUGAUCCGAACAUGGGGUGGAGCUGGCUUGAACGAUGGAUGGCCACUCGUCAAAUAGAAGUUCCCCUGGUGGAAGAGGAAGACUACUACAGCAAGCAACUCACUGAAAAUGAAGCAGUAAGUAGUACGAAAGCAAGACCGUUUCUGAGGAAGAAGUUUCUAGACCUUUCAUUUGAAGAAAAAGAGAGUUGUGGUUCUAAUGAGAUACCUGUCCAAGUUGACACUUCAACAAAUCCAAGUGGAGAAGAUAAACAUGGCUACGACUCACCUAGGAAUAGGCUAAAGAACCCAAACAGUAUUUCCAGAACGAAAACUGUACCAACCUACCAUAAUCAGAAAGGGUAUUCUAAAUCUAAGCUCAAAGAGAUUGGAGAGGGUAAUAUGCCACAAGGACAUGAACAGACAGCAGCUAUUUAA